AUGACGGAACAAAAUACCUCAGCGUACGCGGACUGCAAGGAUUAUGUGGCAGUUGCCCAGCUCGUCGAGCCUGUGCACGUCCCAGCGCAUCGGUCUCACGACCCCGCCAACAAUCAGAAACGAACAGAUCCAUUUCAGUUCGGCUCACGGUUUCUUGAAGAAGGCGAUGAUGUCUUUGAAUUCAAUGCCUGGGAUCAUGUAGAGGCUGAUCCAGAGUACUACGAAUAUGCCGAAUUACAAUAUGCAAGACAGCGAGCCUCCCCAGUUUCCGACUUUGACCGCCACCGGUUCAAUUCCCAACCAGCAAAGUGGUGGAAUUUAUUCUACAAAAAUAAUACUGGGAACUUCUUCAAGAAUCGCAAGUGGUUGAAGCAGGAAUUUCCAAUUCUGGGGGAAGUGACGGCGGCAGAUGCAGGCCCAAAGGUUGUGCUUGAAGUCGGAGCCGGCGCUGGCAACACAGCUUUCCCUGUAUUAUCGAAUAACGAAAAUGAACAACUAAUGGUUCACGCCUGCGACUACUCUAAAACUGCAGUGGAGGUUAUGCGAAAGAGUGAAAAUUAUAAUGAGAAAAAUAUGCGAGCUGAUGUUUGGGAUGUUACGGCAACAGGUGAAGAUUCUCUUCCACCAGGCUUAGGAAAGGAGUCCGUGGAUGUUGUCGUGAUGGUUUUCAUUUUUUCUGCUCUUGCUCCAGAAGAGUGGAAUAACGCAGUAUCGAAUAUAUACCAGGUUUUGAAGCCCGGAGGCUAUGUGCUUUUCCGCGACUAUGGAAAGGGUGACCUUGCACAGGUGCGGUUUAAAAAGGGACGGUGGAUGGGAGAGAACUUUUAUGUUCGAGGGGAUGGCACGAGAGUAUAUUUCUUUGAAAAAGAGGAAGUAUCCCAUAUAUGGGGCAAAUGGACACCCCAAAGAGGCAUACCUGAGUUCAAAAAGGAUGACGAAAGCACAACAGCCGAUGAACAAAGCUCGCCCGAUUCUGGAUUUGAAAUUCUUAACAUGGACCUUGAUCGCAGAUUAAUUGUCAACCGUCAACGAAAGCUGAAGAUGCAUCGAUGCUGGCUACAAGGGCGGUUCAGAAAACGAAUACCGUCCCUGGCUUCAAAGGAGGCCCCUUCAACGCUCGAUCAGCCAAGCGAAUUCAAAAAUUAAAACUCUCAACAGAAAAGACAUACUAUGUUUAGCACCUAUUUUGUCUCUGGUCUGUCCUCCACAAUGGCACUUUGCAUUGUUAACGAGCACGCCAUUGCAAGGACCUGUGCGUUCAGAUUGAUGCUGAAAAUACGAUGGCGGUUAGACCGUUCGAUGCUACUGUCCUCCGUGCAUAUGCAGGCUCUCCUUUCGCUCCACACUGGUUGACAUCUACCCUCGCUGUGCCUUGGAAGUCCCGCCGUCUAAUAAUACUCACGCCACACAGACCCUGGCCAUUUCAACGUCUCAACCUUCCGGAUAGAAUAGACACCGCGAUGCCAUAUUCAUAGAAAUGCGGAACAAUCGAACACACGUCUUACCCGAUCAAUAACUUCAAUUGGUAAUAGGUAGUUAACUCCUCAGGUUUGCAACAUAAUAGUAUGCCACUUGCUCUUGUGUCCUUCAAAUCAAACAUAAGGGCCCUUGAUGCACCAGCCAAUCGCCACUCUGCAGAGCGAAAGCUUGAGUAACAUCCCAUCUCCACCGAGCCAAUACUACCGAGUGCAACCUCUCCCCAUCCCGCGCAGAUUUGCCCUUAUUUCAUGAGGUUGGGUCUUUCCCGCUCCUGAAAUUACAUGAUAGUGGCCAGCAUGCUUUCUCGGCGAUAAUACCGGAGUAUCUCCUUUCGGGCGACUCUUUCCAGCUGCAGCUAUGGAGGUCUUGGGCAGCUCCAAGGCCCAUAGUACGGCACCGAGGGUAGGAGGAGAAAUCGCGUCUACGUCUUGGGUGG